AUGGCAAGUUACGCCACAGUCGGAGCAAAGACUCUAGAGCAAGAGGCACAAGGCGAUGCCAGUCGCAGAGGAGGGCGCAAGAGACUGACCGAGAUCGUCAAAUUCCAUCCCAAGCACCCUGCUCACAGUAGCUGGACGCCCAUCGCAGGGCUCGCCUGGACCCAUCGUGGCCUCGGAUAUGAGAGCCCAACGGUUCGCCUUGGAGGUGUCACUCUUCUUGACAGGCAGGAGCUGCAACUUAGCAACGGUGAGCCUGGUGGUGGCCGUCAGGACUCUGCAAGUCCGCCUGUCGUCAUCGACGAUGACAACGGUAACGAAGAUGAGGCAUGCGCUGAGGUCACGGACCCGCUCGCAGCGGACUCCUCAGAGGAUCAGACUGACGAAGAGCGAGCCCUUGAAGCCCGCUCUCCCUUGUCGUUCUUGUCGUCUGAGCUGGAGGUGACGAGUAAGUUUCAGAACCUCCUCAAGUUCUCCGAGCUGGAGACGAGGUGGCCCCAGCUGCUCUGUGAAUGGACCCAGUCCGAGGACGAGAAGACCGAUGCCAGGGAACGGCUGCUCCGUUACCUCAGAAUGCCCAUCCCUGUGCUGCGGCCGGACUGCUCUGGCACUUGGAAGGUAUUCGUUCCCAAGGUGCUGGGCGAAGACUCGGACAGGUCUGCCUUGCCUAGGUUGACGAGUCCGGACGAGGGACAAGACAAAGAUAAAGAGUCUCUGGAGUUUGAGAGAGCGCUGAAACGGAAAGUUUCGAUGAGAGCUGUUAAUGUUUGUUUGCCUUUGAGUGAAGAGGAGUAUGUAUCGUUGGUUGUUAGCCUGAGGGAUGAUAAUGAAUCUUGGUUCUGA